GUCUUUAUGGACGACGUUUCAAUUAAACGAAAAAAGUUCGUUUUAACCGAAAGUUCACUAUAACCGGGUUUAUGAUAAGCCGACUUUACUGCAUCAUUUCAGCAAUAAACAUUAAAGGGUCCAAUUUUAUGACUUUUUUGCUGCAGUCCCAAUAACUCACCCCUACAGCAUACUGUCCCUGGGCAUGAAUCAGCUAAUAUACCUGGUGCGCCCACAACAUUUCCAUUAGAAGUAACGAUGUCGAAUCCUUCAGGCAGUCAAGCACGUGAAGAAACUGCAAAUAAAAAGCCAGUCUUCUGCUGCAGUUUUUUUCAAUGUCGAUGUGGAAGUCAUUAUUUUCCUCAGCGGAUCAUUUUAGCACUUUUGCUUCAUUUGUUCAUGCAAAACAACUUCACCACCAGGGUGGUACUGAAUGUAGCCAUUGUGGAAAUGGUUCAACCGCCUCCGGAGGAAACUGCACAUCUUCAGGCUUGUCCUCAAUUUAACGCCCCGAAUAAAACCCACGAGGGUGGUAAAUUUCCUUGGCCCGCACACACCAAAUCACUGGUGCUUUACGCCUUUUACAUUGGUUACACAUUUACUCAGGUCCCAGGAGGAUGGUUGGCCGAUAAGUUCGGAGCUCGGCCAGUCAUAUUGAGCUCAAUAGCUUGCACCACAUUAGCUACAGCCUUAUUUCCUGUUAUGACCCAGAAAUUCGGUUAUCUUGCUGCGGUUGGCCUGAGAUUCAUGGUGGGAACCUCUCAUGUAAGUGGGUGGGUAAAUCCUCUACUUCCUAACCAUUAGGCAUGGGUAACACAGUGUUCAGUUGUUGCCGCUCUGUGCGCUAAUGAGUUAUAGC